UUAAUGGUGUGGACUUAUAUUAGUAACCAGAAGGAAGAAGAACCAGAAGCCUAACGGCCUCUUUCUCUGUUUUCUCUCUUCUUUUCUAAUUUGACCCCAAUAUAUAUAUAUAUCCACUAAUUACUAAUAUAUAUAUAUAUAUAUAUAUAUACACAGACACAUCUAUGCGUUUUGCCGUAAUAUAUCUCUGGUUUGGAAGCCUACCCUUCUCUUCUCCGUUGCUUAUAUCACACGCUAUGCAGUCUGUAAUUUUGCAUUAACCUUGAAACUGCUGCGAUUUACCCUUUCUUCCUACAGUUCGUUGUUCUAUAUAAACCCCUCGUUAGUGUCUUCUUCCACUACCAAAACCAAGCCUUCUCUGUUCACUGUUUUGCAUCUGGGUUCUUGUUAUCUUAUCCCUUCUGCUCUGUUUUUGCCGAGUUUGAUCGAAACAGAGAGGAAAUAUGGUGGACGAGAGUGUGAUAGUGGUGAGGGAGUUUGAUCGAAAUAAGGACCUGUUUGGCGUUGAAGAUGUGGAGAGAAGGUGUGAAGUCGGUCCCAGCGGGAAGCUAUCUCUCUUCACCGACCUAUUGGGAGACCCGAUUUGCCGGGUCCGCCAUUCACCUGCUUUUCUCAUGCUGGUGGCUGAGAUGGGCGAAACGAAGGAGAUAGUGGGAAUGAUCAGAGGCUGCAUCAAAACCGUUACGUGCGGCAAGAAGCUCUCUCGAAAUGCUAAAUAUAAUAACUGCAAUGAACCCACUAAGCCUCUCCCUGUUUAUACCAAAGUCGCCUACAUCUUAGGCCUCCGAGUUUCUCCUACUCACCGGAGGAUGGGAAUAGGGUUGAAGCUGGUUCAAAGAAUGGAGGAGUGGUUUCGUGAGAGUGGCGCAGAAUAUUCUUACAUGGCCACUGAAAACGACAACCACGCUUCAAUUAAGCUUUUCACUAACAAAUGUGGCUACGCCAAGUUCCGUACACCUUCAAUCCUGGUCAACCCUGUUUUCGCUCACCGACUCUCCGUUUCUCACCGGGUCACCAUCAUCAGGGUCGCUCCGUACGACGCCGAAUUACUCUACCGCCACCGCUUCUCCACGACUGAGUUCUUCCCUCGCGAUAUUGACUCGGUCCUCUACAAUAAACUUAGUCUGGGAACCUUUGUCGCCGUCCCGCGUGGAUCGUAUACUGAAGAGUCGUGGCACGGGUCUGAAAAAUUCUUGUCCCACCCGCCGGAGUCCUGGGCAGUUCUAAGUGUCUGGAACUGUAAAGACGUGUUCCGACUGGAGGUGAGAGGAGCAUCGCGCAUUAAGCGCACGCUAGCGAAGACAACGAGGGUGGUGGACCGGGCGUUUCCGUUCUUGCGGCUUCCGUCGAUUCCGGAGGUGUUCAGGCCAUUCGGGUUACAUUUUUUGUACGGGCUGGGUGGCGAAGGGCCACGCGCGGUGAAGAUGGUUAAGGCGCUUUGCUCGCACGCGCACAAUUUGGCUAAGGAUGGCGGAUGCGGAGUGGUGGCGACAGAGGUGUCGAGCCGCGAGCCGCUGAAGUUGGGUAUUCCGCACUGGAAGAUGCUAUCGUGCGACGAGGAUUUAUGGUGCAUCAAGCGGCUCGGGGAAGACUACAGUGACGGCGCUGUCGGUGACUGGACUAAGUCACCACCUGGCUUGUCCAUUUUUGUCGACCCCAGAGAAUGUUAAGAAUAGAGAAUUUUACUUGGUAGGAAAA